CAGGGUUCCUUAGAUCCCGUAGCAUCAACAAAUUGGGAGCGGACGGGUGAAUAUAGUUAAUUACAAAUAUUCAUCUGGCAUCUCUUUCUGUUUAGUUUAUGGAAGAAUCUAGGACAAAAACAAAAUAGAUAUUUCAAAAACUCAGUGAAAAUCCCCUGAUGCCUUAAGUUCAUUCUUCUUGUGAUGUGAGAAAGGAAGGUCUAGUUAUGGAGCAUGUGCAUUUAGCUGCCGAAGAUGAAGAUGAUCUUUAUUCUGGAUACAAUGAAUACAACCCAGUCUUUGAUGCUGAUGAACUGGAAAAUGAUGUUGGAUUCCAGCAGGCUGUAAAAACUAGUUAUGGAAGAAGACCUCCAAUGACUGCAAAAAUUCCAGGCACUGCAUUAGCUGCACGUCCUUUAGGAACUUCAUUUGGAGCUAGGGUGCCUCUGGCUUCAUCACUUGGAAGACCUACGACAGGAGCAGUACAGGAUGGUGCUGCACGGCCAAUGACAGCUGUGAGAGCUGCAGGAUAUUCAUCUGCAGUCCGGAAAGGAUUUUCAUUUGACCCACUGGGGCAGUCGAGGGGCCCAGCACCGCCUUUGGAAUCAAAAAAUGAAGACACCCCUGAAGAAAAGAUUAAGCAAAUGGAAAAAAAAAUCUAUGAGCUGACUGAAGAAAGUUGUAUGGCUCAUAGUCGUGGUGAUCUUCAACUGGCUUUAGAAAAGGCUAAAGAAGCUGGGAGGAAAGAGAGAGCAUUAACAAGACAAAGAGAAGAAAUUGGCUUAGCAGCCCCAGUAAAUUGGGACCUAACAUUCUCUGUGCUGUUUAAUUUGGCAAUUCAGCAUGCAGCUAAUGAUAUGUAUGCUGAGGCUUUAAAUACUUACCAGGUGAUUGUGAAAAACAAGACCUUCAGUAAUGCAGGGCGCCUGAAGGUAAAUAUGGCAAACAUUUAUUUCAAACAGAGAAAUUACCAGAAAGCAAUAAAGUUUUAUAGAAUGGCAUUAGAUCAGAUUCCAAAUACACAUAAGGAAAUGCGUAUUAAAAUAAUGCAGAACAUUGGAAUAGUUUUCAUUAAAAUGGGACAGUAUUCAGAUGCAAUUACUUCAUUUGAUCAAAUUAUGAGUGACAGCCCAAACAUAAAGACUGCUUUCAAUCUCAUUCUGUGUUAUUUUGCAAUUGGAGAUCGCGAAAAUAUGAAAAAAGCAUUCCAGAAAUUGAUCUCUGUUGAUCUUGGUAUUGGUGAAGAGGACAAAUACAUUCCAGCCAAUGAUGAUCCACAUACAAAUUUAGUAAUUGAAGCUAUUAAGAAUGACCAGCUUCGGCAAAUGGAACGAGAGAAACAAUCUUUGGCAGAAAAAUUCAUUAUGACCUCGGCUAAGUUAAUUGCACCAGCAAUAGAAACAUCCUUUGCUGCAGGAUUCGACUGGUGUGUUGAUAUGGUAAAAACCUCUCAGUAUACAGAACUGGCGAAUGACUUGGAAAUUAACAAAGCUAUUACUUACCUGAGACAGAGAGAUUUCAGCAAGGCUGUGGAAACACUGAAAAUGUUUGAGAAAAAGGACAGCCGAGUAAAAAGUGCUGCUGCAACCAACCUUUCCUUUUUAUAUUUUCUGGAAAACGAUUAUGGACAAGCUGACCGAUAUGCAGAUCUUGCCAUAGUUGCUGACAGAUAUAAUUCUGCUGCUCUUGUUAACAAAGGAAAUAUUGUUUUUGUAAAUCAAGACUAUGAAAAAGCGGCAGAGUUUUAUAAAGAUGCACUGCGAAAUGAUUCUUCAUGCACAGAAGCACUUUAUAACUUAGGUCUGACUUACAAGAAGCUGAGUAGACUUGGAGAAGCACUUGACUGUUACUUAAAACUCCACACAAUCCUUCGAAACAGUGCCCAGGUUAUGUUCCAGUUAGCCACCCUAUAUGAGAUUUUAGAUGAUCCAAACCAAUCAAUUGACUGGCUGAAACAGCUGCUAAGUGUAUCACCCACAGAUCCUCAGGCGCUAGCUAAGCUGGGAGAGCUAUAUGACAAUGAAGGGGACAAAUCACAGGCUAUUCAAUACUAUUAUGAGUCAUUCAGGUAUUUUCCCUCAAAUAUUGAAGUUAUUGAGUGGCUUGGAGCUUAUUACAUUGACACACAGGUCUGUGAAAAAGCAAUACCAUACUUUGAAAGAGCAAUGCUGAUUCAGCCUACUCAAGCAAAGUGGCAACUAAUGAUGGCCAGUUGUUACAGAAGAAGUGGUAAUUACCAGAAAGCACUGGAGACAUACAAAGAUAUCCACAGAAGAUUUCCUGAGAACAUUGAAUGUUUAAGAUUUUUGGUUCGGCUUUGCACUGAUAUGGGCUUGAAGGAAGUUCAGGAAUAUGCAACUAAACUAAAGAAAGUUGAAAAAUUAAAGGAGAUUAGAGAGCAGCGUGUAAAAUCUGGGCGAGAUGGCAGUGCUCGCGGUCGCAGGGAGGGAAGUGCAAGCAGUGUUAUCUCUCCUGAAAGUAGGCUCAGUCCUUCAUUGGACCAAGUUAAAGACAGUGGACAGAGCAGCCAAGGUACAAGUGCCAAGGGAGAGCGACUUAGUGCCAAACUGAAGGCACUGCCUGGAGCAAAUGAACCAUAUGAGGCCAGCAGUAACAAAGAAAUAGAUGCAUCCUAUGUUGAUCGGCUAGGGCCUCAAAUUGAUAGACCAAAAACUGCUCCACAGAAACGAAAGGAGGAUGAUGACUUUGCUGAUGAAGAGCUAGGGGAUGAUUUGCUUCCUGAAUAAAUUUUGAAUUUGAGAAAAACUAGAUUUAUUUUUUUUUAAAGUAAAACCAUUUUUAGACAAAUUUAAUUUAUUGUAAACACUGAACAGUCCACAUUAAAAACUGAAACUAA